GUGUGUGUGCCUGCAACGAAACCAUGGCAGACGAAAGCCUUCACGUACCGGACACCAGCAUCGAUUUCCAUAUCGUCCAGCUGUUCGAGCGGCUUGAGGCGAUGCGUAAGGAACCGGGCCAAAAGUUGUCCCGUUCGUUGCAAGGCCGUAUCAACAUGCAUACCGAGCUGCGCAGUCUGGAGCUUUGGAGAUCGAUAACGUGCGAAAGUUUAGCAUCCUUCUUCUACGUGUUCAUCGUGUGCGGUGCAGCAGCGGGAGCUGGCGUUGGGGCGAGCGUGUCCUCGGUACUGCUGGCGACCGCACUUUCUUCCGGCUUUUCCAUGAUUGCCUUGACGCAGUGUUUUCUGCACAUUUCUGGUGCACACGUGAACCCGGCCGUGUCGAUCGGGAUGCUUGUUUCGCGCCAAAUUUCACCCCUUCGUGCGCUGCUGUACAUCGUGGCCCAAAGUGGAGGCUCAAUUGCUGGCGCUGCCUUACUAUACGGUGUCACCGUACCUGGUUAUCAAGGUAAUCUGCAGGCGGCCGUUUCCCACAGCUCAUCCCUUGCUGCCUGGGAGCGAUUCGGCGUCGAGUUUAUCCUGACGUUUAUCGUCGUCCUGGCGUACCUCAUCUCAACCAGCUCGUUCAAGAAGUACUUCGGUUCGUCGGCGAUCGCCAUCGGUGCGGCCUACAGUGCUUGCAGUUUCGUAUCGAUGCCUUACUUAAAUCCGGCCCGAUCACUCGGUCCUUCGUUUGUGCUGAACAAAUGGGACAACCACUGGGUGUACUGGGUAGGACCGAUGGUUGGCGGAGCUGUGUCCGGUGUGCUGCAUGAAUUUAUUUUCAGCGCGAAGCGAUCGUCAAAGCGCGCGAAGGACGAUGUCGAUUCUAGCCUCAACUCCGAGGACGAUAUCAACUACGACAUGGACCUGGAGAAACCUCAGCAACAGCCACCACAUCAGGGCAAAUACCACCAGUAUCGACCGCCGAGCGGUACACUCACCGGAAGCCAGCAACGUUACUGUCAAAGUAUCUACACUGCCGAGCCGACCUCAAAGGUGGAACGUGUGGAACCGAUUUACGGUGGCACCAAGUCGAUGUACUGCAAGUCACCACCGUUGACCCGUGCCAACCUUAACCGUUCCCAGUCGGUGUACGCCAAAAGUAACACCGCCCUGAACCGUGACUUACCUGUCCGUGCCGGGCCACUCGUCCCGGCCCAGAGCCUGUACCCUUUGCGAGUAUCAGCAGCACCUCAGACGCAUCUACAGAACCAAAACGUACAAAACCAACUUCAGCAGCGCUCGGACAGUAUAUACGGUAUCCGGAGCUCGAUGCGACAACCGGCACCGGCCGAUGGCCGGAUGGCCUCCCAGAUGCCUCCACAGAUGGCACCGCUAGGUGAUGGUCAGGGCUUCCAACCGAUCUACGGAUCGCGCAACAAUCCGAACUGCUCCACCGACGCGCUUAAGUUCGAUCGUGACCCCAACAGCCGCGAUGAUACGCUGAACUCCAAGUUCUCGCGCGGCACCGGAGCUAACCGGCCCGAAUCGAUGUACGGCGGUGCUGGGCAGCGGCGCAUCCACUCGGCACAGUCGGACGAUAGCUCCUACGGAUCAUACCAUGGUCCCGGACCGGCACUGACACCACCGACGCGCAACGCUAGCAACAGUAGCAGCACCUACAAUCCGGUCGUAGGUACCGUGCUGCCUAACUAUGAGCGAAAGACUUCCUCAUCGUCCUCCUCGAACCAGCAGCAGCAGCAACAACAACAGCAGCAACAACAGCAGCAGCAGCAACAGCAACAAUCUCAGCCGCCACGUGGUGCGGGUCAGAAUGGUUCCAGCAUACAGAAUACGAGUCUACCACCACCACCACCUCCACUGCACCAUACGAUGCCAUACUCGAUGCAUCCUGUAAGACAGAAUUAAGCCGCUCAU